CCACGUUGAUAGGCCGGAGAUGCUGCCCAUCGAUGGGCUUUUAGGGGCAGGACCAGACUGUUGUCCUAUCGCCGGCAAGAAGGCGGGGCAGCCCGGGAGCGCAGGAAGCAGCAUGGCGGGGCCGUGGGACGCGGUGCUGAGGGAUGAGGCAGCCCUGAAGCAGGCAGCAGUGGUGGCGGUGGAUGCGGCGCUGCUGGAGGGUGUGCUGAUGCGAACCGAUGCUGAGCCCAAUGCCUCCGAGGUGGUGAGCUAUGCGCCCUUCACGCUGCUGCCCUCGGCCGUGCCCCGUGCCCUGUUUGAGCAGGCGUAUGCUGUGCAGCGGGACUUCAACCUGCUGGUGGAUGCCAUCAGCAGGGACAAGGAGUUCCUGGAGCGCACCUUGGCCAGCACCAUCAAGGUGGACGAUUUCACAGCACGGCUCUUUAGGAUCCAUCAGCAGGUUCUGGACGAAGGGCUGGCACAGUCCGUGUUUUUAGGCAUCAACCGCUCUGACUACAUGUUUGACUGCGGGGCAGCCAGCCCUCCAGCACUGAAACAGAUUGAGAUCAACACCAUCGCUGCCAGCUUCGGUGGCCUCGCCUCCCGCACUGCUGCUGUGCAUGGGAGGGUGCUCAGAGUGCUGGGGAAGCCUGAGGAGGCGGCGAGGUUGCUGCCCAAUAACCCUGCACUUGGGUUGGCCAUGGGCAUCGCCAAGGCCUGGGAGCUGUACGGCUCGCCAAGUGCCGUGGUGAUGUUCCUGGUGGAGGAGUCCCAAAGGAAUAUUUUUGAUCAGCGAUGUGUGGAAAAUGAGCUGUGGGACAGGAACAUUCGGGUCAUCAGGAGGCGGUUCCGGGACGUGUAUGAGCAGGGCUCCCUGGAUGGCACCCGGAGGCUCUUUGUGGACGGCCAGGAGGUAGCAGUGGUGUACUACAGAGAGGGCUACGUGCCGAGCAACUACGAUCAGCAGAACUGGGAGGCACGGCUGCUGCUGGAGAGGUCACGGGCAGUGAAGUGCCCCGACAUUGCCACACAGCUGGCUGGCACCAAGAAGGUGCAGCAAGAGCUGAGCUGCCCAGGGACACUGGAGAAGCUGCUCCCUGGUAACGCCGAGGCUGUCAAACGCAUCAGAGCAACAUUUGCUGGGCUGUACUCGCUGGAUGUGGGUGAAGAGGGUGACCAGAUUGCUGCCACAGCUAUCGCCAACCCUGAGCGGUUUGUGCUGAAACCACAGCGAGAAGGAGGAGGGAACAACCUGUAUGGUGAGGAGCUCAAGCAGGUCUUGCAGAGGAUCAAAGACAGCCCUGAGAGAACCUCCUACAUCCUGAUGGACAAGAUCGAGCCGCAGCCAUCAGUGAAUUACUUGUUGAGGGCACGCAGUCCCCUAAAAGCCUCCAAGUGCAUCUCAGAGCUUGGUAUUUUCGGUGUCUAUGUCAGGCAGGGCACAGAGCUGGUGCUGAACGAGGCAGCCGGGCACCUGCUGCGGACGAAGGCAGUGGAACAUGCAGAUGGUGGGGUGGCAGCCGGGGUGGCAGUGCUGGACACCCCCUACCUGGUGUGAGCUCCUCGUGCAGUGCCCACAGGGCUGGGCUGUCAUGGGACUGCUUCCCUCAGGGUGUGCCUGGCAAGGUUGGACGGGCUGGAGACAGCCAAGGGGUUUGUAUUGGUUUGGAGGCUGCUGCAGAGCUGGAGGUGACCCUGCUCAGUGCCAAUCCCAGUUUUGUUAUGCUCCUAUAUACGUGGACAGCUGCCGUGCUGUAGCUUCCCCAAACCUCUAUCACUGUCCAUGCAAUCUCUUGGCUUCACUGUGGGACCAGCACUGAGGGAUGACAAGAUGCGUCUCCCCCAGGUUUCCUGAAUUAAUGGGAACAGAGCAGUGGGUGCUCCUGCCCAUGGGCUCAUGUCUGCAGUGCACCCCUGUUCCACUCCAGCCCUGCUCAGCUGAGCAACUCCAGGUGUGACACAAAGUGCCCCUUCCUGGUGUGAAGCACCCAGGCAGCCUGAGCUCUGCUGCUCAGUGACUGCAGCGAGGCUCCAUGCCUGUGUUCCUGAUGUCCCUGCUGGCUGUGCCUACAGCCUGCGGUCCAGGUGCCUCAAUCAAGCAUUGAUCUGCCAGCUGAUUUCCACGAUCUGUGGCUGGUGUUCAGUUGGGGAGGCUGAUUACCCCCACCAGAGAUUAAAACAUGCUGAAUCUAAA